AUGGCCGGAAAUACUGAAAAAGUGAUGGCUUCGGCUGCCACUGACAUUGGCCUCUUGUGCGUCAAGUGUGGCCGCGACGUGUCCGAAGCCGACGCCUUUUGCAUCUACUGCGGCACAAAAGUGAGCUUCUCACAAUCUCAGCGUAAGGCCGCAGCUAUUCCAGCUCCGCCUGCGGCUCCCAAGCAAGCGCCCCCCGCUCCGGCUCCCAAGCAAGCGCCUCCCGUUCCGGUUGCAACUCCCAAGCAAGCGCCUCCCGUUCCGGUUGCAACUCCCAAGCAAGUGCCUCCCGCUGUGGCGGCCAAGCAGGCGCCUCCUGCUCCGGCUGUAGCAGCUAAACUCGCUCCGACCACCAAGAAGUCUGAGCCUAUGCAGACAUCCCCCAAACCAUCCGUUAAGCAGGCGGCUCCUACGCCGGCCGUCAAGGAGCCCAAGCCGAGGCAGCUUGAGACUAAGCAGCCCGUGGCUCCAAAGUCUGCUGCACGUCCGCCAACAAGUGGCCAGUCGACGGCCCCGUCCAGUGCCAGCUCGGCUGUUUCUCAACCGGCUCCAGUGCCGUCGGCUCCAUCCUCUACCCCACAGCGCCGCCCUCAGCCGGUUGCUCAGCCGCCGCCCUUCGCCUCGCGGACGCAGAGCGACGGACGUUCGAAUGAGAGCCACGGCCGCGGCUCAUUGGAUAGUAUGCCGUCAGAUGUCGCCGGUCUGGAAAAGCUCUGGGUGCCCGACAACUUCAGCAACGAGUGUAUGGACUGUAAGACGCCCUUUGGCUUCCCCAAGCCGCGUCGCCACCAUUGUCGUGUGUGCGGUUUGUUAUUCUGCCGCCCGUGUGUGAACCACAAGAUUCAGGUGCCGGCCUCAUUCGGCUACGGCAACGCGCAGCAGCGAUGCUGCCGUAAUUGUAUCACGGCUUUGCAGAUGAAAGCCAUCACGACGCCCGCUGACGUGUUUGCGCAACGUCGAGGCCCUGUCAACCACUCCUUGUCUGGUCAGGAGAGCUACGAUGUGCUUGGUGUGUCCAAGGACGCUUCCCCCGAAGAGAUCGCUGCUCAGUACAAGAAAAAGUCGCGCUCUAUGGAUCCCACGAAAGUUGAGGAUCAAGAGACUCUUGAAAAGAUUAACGACGCGUACCGCAACCUUCAGGACCCUACUGCUCGCAGUCGCGACGAGUCGGGUCGCUCUCGUGAUUCGAGUCUGCUAGGCAAUGAUUCGUCCAGUCACUUCGUGUCGGACACUGCUCGUAGUGACCAGACGGAGUGCCAGGUCUGUUUCCGCCCCUUCAAGCUAGGUCGUCGUCAGCAUCACUGUCGUCGCUGCACGCGCAGUGUAUGUAACCAGUGUAGUGUUGAGUCGAAGCCCAUCCCGGAGCUGGGUUUUCCCGUGCCUGUGCGUCACUGUACGUCGUGUAACGAAUCUCCGCCAAAUUUCAUCAAGCCAGUCAUGGAUCCUGUCUCGAAACCGCCUGCCGGCUUUGAGUACCUGACCAAGCUUGACAUUCUCGUGAAAAUUACUGCCAAGUCGAACGGUAGCACUCCGGAAACCGAGACGUACAUGCUGAAGACAUACUGCGAGCCAAAUGAGGAUGCUGCCAAGGCUGCCAACUAUACGGUGACUGAUUCGGACCGUGCGGUCACGCACGAGUACCAGAUUCGCGAGGAGCGCAGCAUGGCUGACUUCGAGUGGUUGUUUGCCAAGCUUGGUGAUUUUUCGAACCCAAAAGCUCUGCCGAACUUUCCGGACAAGCGAACAGCGCGUAAUGACCGCGAGAAGGUGCUGCAGACUUUCCUGUACGGCUGCAUGCUGCACCCGCUUCUGCGUGAUGCUGACUGCCUGAAGGCUUUUUUGGCGCUACCAACGGAGCAGCUACAUCAGUUCCAGAAGAGCGGCAAGAAGUCGCUAUACAACACGGACCAGUACAAUACGCUGAUCAAGAGUUUACGCCUGGAGCUGGAGAAGGCCCAGAUCCGUACCAAGGUGAAUGGUUUGGUCGACCGUCAGAAGAAGCAGAAGCAACGUCUAUCCCAGCAGGCUGCCCGUGCGGAGGAGCAGAAGAAGCGUGAAGCCGCUCAGAACAUCCGUCGUGAGCAGGCUGCCUUCCGUUUUAAGGCCCUCGAAGCUCGCAAGGAAACUCAGACGGAGCGUAUGGAGCGUGAAAAGGAGCGCUACGAGAAGCAGUCCAGCACCACCCACAUCCUGUUCUUUGAUGUCGUGCGCGAUCAGUCGGUGCGUAAUAGCGAGGAGGAGACUCGGAUAAAAGAGAAGGUUGAAUUUACCAAGUCGAAGGACAGUUUCCAGCAUGACACGACGCAGUGGAACAACGAUAUGGCGCAGUGGUCAAAGCACCGUGCUGACUGGUCUGAGGCUCACAACCCUGCCGUAUCAAAGGAUAUUGCCAACGACUUUAUUGUGCAUUCGUACGGUAUUUUCCACUCUAUUAAAGACCAGAAGGACAAGAUACCGCGCGAGCUCGUUGACUUGCACGCAGACUUUGUGAAGAUUCAGGAAAAGGAGCCUGAGCUUUUGGAGGGAGAAGGCAACACUGUCGAUGAUGAGUGGAUGAAGCUUGCGAAGGAACGUGAGCACUGGACCAGCAGCCGUGCGAACAUGAAGCGUGAGGACGAAAUGUGUCGCGACGAGGACGCUCGCUACAAGCAGGAGCACGAGUAUGUGCGUCUGGAAGCUGAAGCUCGCCAAAAGAAGGUCAAUACUGUGGAGGCUGAUUUGCUGGCACUCAAGACGGAAAUCAAUGCCCGUACACGCUCAAUCGCUCAGCGGCGUUCGCGCCACGAGGCUCUUGAUGAAGAAUAUGAGAAGGAGUGGCGUGUUGUGCAAAACGAGCGUAUCAAUACCACCAAGGCGCGUCUCGAUGAACACACGGCCCGUAUUACGCGUGGCACGAAGCGCACGGAUGUCUUCAGUGAUCAGCUCGCUCGCCAAACCAAGUCGCAGCGCAUGCUGCUAUUCAAGCGUGCUGCUCUCACAGAAGAGCGCAAGGCAGACUGCAAGUUGUUUGAUGAACACCGUGAGGACUGCAAGAACACCCUGGAUGAAGCUCGUAACGCUCUGAUCAUCACGCCUGAGUAUGUUGCUCGUCUAGAGGCGGACAUGAAGGUUCGUGCUAGUGAACUGCACGCUGUGAAGGACAGCAAUAAGCGUAUCCCGCAAGAAGGUGGUGAUGCCGAGGUGGACGAACGUGAUGAGUUCAUGAAUGACGUCCGUCGUCGCCGUGCUCAGUUCCAAAAGGAGCUUGACGAUCAAGCUGCUCAGCUUGAGAAUGAAAACAAGCUGUGCACAUCUCUUCUGGAGCGCAUGAACCAGCACAUUAAGACCCUGGAGAAGGAGGUGAAGGACGCCACGCUGGAGGAGGAAAUGAUUAUUCAGUUCAACAAGCUGAUCGAUACAGAAACAAAACUUUUGGCGGACGAGGAAUCCAAGCGUGAGGAAAAGAAGCGCUUCAUCACUGAGCUGAUGAACAACGCUGGCAACUGGGUGCUGGACUCGUUGCACGAACACUCGAACCGCAAAAAGGUUGAGGCGAACCGUCUUGUGAAACAGGCUGUUCGUGCUGCCGACCUGCAGAAGUUAGUGCAGCACUUUACUCACCGUGUGAUCGACCAGGAGGAACGUAUCAUGCGCCAGAAGCAGCGCAUCCUGAACGGUGAGCACAAGGUGGAAAUGCUGAAGUCCUCAGAGAAUUGGUACCAAUACGUUACUGGACACGCCGCCGACCUUGGCAAGAAGGACAUGAAGAUCCUUGAAGCUGGUCGCAAGGAGCGCAGUGAUGAUUUGAAUGAGUCUUCGCGUCUGCAGAAAGAUGAUGAAUCUGACAUUAAGAGCGUCGUGAAGGAACUAUCGGCAAGUCGCAGUUGCUCUAAGGAGAAGGUGGAAAAGCGCGAGGUCUGGGCAAAGGUUGAGGAUGUGUACAGCGUGUCAAAGCCACAGGAGAAAGAUGAGGAUAUGAUGAUGACCUCGCAAAUUCGUAGUCUGCUCCAGCAGUUGGCUGAGGCUUUCGAGAUGCUGACGAACCGUCUGCUAGAGGAGGAGGAGAGCUUGCAGCAUGCUUCCACUCAGCUCGAGGGUGAGAUUGACUCGAUCAACGCUUUCAUGGAGCGAAUGGAGAGCGAGGAGAGUGCUCUGUGCGCCACUGAGAAGACUUCGCUUGCAAAGGAGUCGCAGGUGCGCCGUUCGGAGGCUGACCUGAUCGAGCAGCGUGCGCGUACGCUGAUCGAAAGCUACAAGCAGAUGCAGGCUGAGCACCUGAAAUACCCCGCUGAGCUGGGUAAGAUCAGGAACUGCCGGUCUGAGCGUGAAAAGCCGAUUUUGCCACGAGAGGCUGAACUUGAGGCCGCCAAGAAGCUCAUCAAGAACCGCAACUACUACGACCGCAAAGCGUGUGCUGAUUUUGCGAAGCGGUUCAAGGUGGACAAAGAAAUGAAGGAAGUGCGUGACGUAUUCGACUGGCUGAAAAUUGUCAUUGAGCGUGACAUCAAGCGUAUGGAGAAGUGGCUUGACUCGAGCCGCAAAGAGCGUAAGGAAAUCGAGAACCUGAAGGUCAAGGGCAAGGAGAUUAAUUGGGAUGAAGACAUGCUGGAGCGCAUUCCUGCUCUCAAGGAGAUUCAAAAGAAGAUUGCUCGCCAGAAUGGUCCCAGCCACAAGGGUGGCAACAACGAAGCCAAGCUGGCUGACGCUGUACACCCCUCGGAGCAGUGGAUCGUGGAGCUUCUUAAGUUCAAAAAGAACAUUUCGGAGAUUGACGUAAAGCUACUGAAGGACAUUAGCGUGACUGUUGACGCGGCCGUGACCGAGGAGGACGUGGUAAAUGCGAACCUGAAGAAGAUGAAGACGGACAAGGAGUACGUGCUUAACAGCAUCCGCUUCAUUGAUCAGGAAGAGGCUAAAGCAAUUCGCAGUACAGGCAAGGGUGGCGUGCCUGGUCGCCACAGCCCUGGCUCGGAGAGUGGCAGCUUCGUGAACGGCGACGAGCAGCCGACACCAAAAGCCCACACUCCUUCGCCAAAGCCAGCACGCACUGCGUCACCGAAGCUGGCCCGCGCAAUGUCGCCGGCCCCGCUAAAGCACGCUGUAUCACCGUCCAAGAUUUCACCAAGCAUGACGACCACGACGUCUUCCCCAGCACCGGCAUCUAAGCCGCGUCCUGCUCUUCGGUCAGAGGAGUUCUAA